GUCUCGCUCUUUUGCCGUUUUCUCGCACCCAACGUCGCCCACCUUUGGUAAAGCAAUGUCAAAUCUUCAAAAAUAUCGAAAAGCCCAACGUUGGCCGCGUUGAUGAAAAAAUUUGCUUCUCUUUCCCUUGAAUCUUGCCCUCGUUGGCAUUGUCUCUAUCUGAAAUAGGGACCUGCGCACGCACUCGCCGCACCCCUACCGCCCACCUCUUUCUCCUCCCGCCCGCCAAUCUAGCCACGCCAAUCCACCCAUUCCACGUCGGACGCUCCAAACAUAAUGAAUGAUGUGCGGUGGCCCUGUAUUCAAGCCCGAUAGCGUGGCAUCAUCUGACCGCAGUCGCUCUUUCUACUGGAUGACAGAUGCGUCACCAUCUCCCGUUCCGUUUCUAUUUCCGCUGAACAUCAGUUCAAGCCUGUCGUCCGACAGCAGUCGCUCUUUCUACUGGAUGACGGAUGCGUCACCAUCUUCCGUUCUGUUUCUAUUUCCGCUGAACAUCAAACCAAGCCUGUCGUCCGACAGCAGUCGCUCUUUCUACCGGAUCGCGGAUGCGCCUUCCAUUUCACAUUUCCUCUCGUCUAUCGUCCGACCCAUGUCACUCUUUCAUAUACCCUUUUCACCUUUCUCUCACCUCCUUCGUAUACCCUUUUCAUCUUUCUCUCUCAUAUUUAUCGUCCGACCCAAGUCACUCCUUCAUAUACCCUUUUCAUCUUUCUCUCUCAUAUUUAUCGUCCGACCCACGUCACUCCUUCAUAUACCCUUUUCCCCUUUCUUUCUCGUCAUAUUUAUUGUCCGACCCAAAUCACUCCUUCAUAUACCCCUUUCACCUUUCUCUCUUAUAUUUAUUGUCCGACCCAAGUCAUUCCCUCAUAUACCCUUUUCCCCUUUCUUUCUCGUCAUAUUUAUUGUCCGACCCAAGUCACUCCUUCAUAUACCCUUUUCAUCUUUCUCUCUCAUAUUUAUCGUCCGACCCACGUCACUCCUUCAUAUACCCUUUUUCCCUUUCUUUCUCGUCAUAUUUAUUGUCCGACCCAAGUCACUUCUUCAUAUACCCCUUUCACUUUUCUCUUUGUUCCCCGACAUCUCUUCUUCAAGCCUCAAGUCCACCAGCCCCGCUAUUGCAAUUGACCUGCACCCGUUUGCGCACCACGGUUUACUCGCAGCUCCAUAUCCAAUCUUCUGACUCUUACGACUUUUACGACCUUCACGACUUU